UUGUACGAUUGUUAAGGCAGCGAGUUUUUGUUCAGAGAUAAGGGUUUACAAUAGUGGAUUUCUAAAGAGGGCCAUGGGGGAUUCGCCAUCGAAUUGUUUAAAUAGCUCUAACUCUCCAAGCUACAGACAGUCGUACGUUGAAUUUUGUAACGUUCACAGCCAAGACAAACUCAAGCACUAAAAUAACCAUGGAUUUCUACUAUUUGCCCGGUUCCGCUCCCUGCCGCUCCGUCUUAAUGACUGCCAAAGCUCUUGGCAUUGAGCUUAACAAGAAAUUGUUGAACUUGCAAGCUGGCGAACACUUGAAACCUGAAUUCGUGAAAAUCAAUCCCCAACACACCAUUCCCACUUUGGUCGAUGGUGAGUUUGCCUUGUGGGAAUCUCGUGCCAUCUGUGUUUACUUGGUUGAGAAGUACGGUAAGACCGACUCCUUGUUCCCCAAGUGCCCCAAGAAGCGUGCCGUCAUCAACCAACGUUUGUACUUCGACAUGGGUACUCUCUACAAGGCCUUUGCUGACUACUACUACCCACAAAUCUUCGCCAAGGCACCCGCAGAUCCCGAGAUGUUCAAGAAAAUCGAAGCCGCCUUCGAAUUCUUCAACAUUUUCUUGGAAGGUCAACAAUUUGCUGCUGGUGAUUCAUUGACUGUUGCCGAUUUGGCUUUGUUGGCCAGUGUCAGCACCUUCGAAGUUGCUGGUUUCGACUUCAGCAAAUACGCCAACGUUGCCAAGUGGUACGCUAACGCUAAGACUGUUGCUCCCGGUUUCGAUGAAAACUGGGAAGGUUGCUUGGAAUUCAAGAAAUUCUUCAACUAAAUUUUAUUAAUUAAGUUAAUUUUUUUUGUUUUUCAUUUCUUUUUAAUUUUUUUUUAAUAAUUUAUGUUUUAAUUUAUUAGAGUUUAAAAAAAAAAUUGCACAAUAUUUUUCUAAUUUCUUAGAAAACUAAAUAAUAAAAAACC